UAAUUUAGGCGAGUCUACGAUCUUGUGGUGGCUUGUCUUGAAUAAUAAGCCUCAAAAACCCGAAGUGGAUCCAAUAAAGCUGAUUCAUAUUAAUUCCGUUUUACUUGCAGGAAAUAUUUUAACUGGUCAAGGGAUUCAAAGCUAUAAGAAUCUCUACCGUUUCUCAAGGAUGGCAUUCUUGUGAUUCAAUAAUAAAUUUCUCUUCUUCAUUCAAGUUAUAAUAAUACACUUACUUCCAAAACACAUUUCUCGAGCAACAGUUACCAAUAAUUGUACAAGUGCUGUCUAUCCAGAAGAUGCCUGUAACAAAAUCACCUACGAACACUGAGGUCUACAACAUCUUGACAAAGUCAGAAAACAGUUUCAACAUUGAGUCAGCUCUUUAUCCACCAAAAUAGCCCUCUUCAGUUCGUGGGUUUGUAAAUGUCUAUGGUCCCAACAAAACGGAAAAUUCAACUCCUGCUGCCAAAUACACGUGGAGUAUUUCUUGCCUGUAUGCUGCUUUCCCUGCAAAAGUCCUUCAAUUUUGGUCUUUAUGGUCAAUCAUGGUGACCACACGAGCUCAGAAGCUUGACAUAACAAUUUCACUUUUCUGCUGUGAUGUAACGAAAGGGAAACUAAAAAAACACAUCGAGGACGCUCUAGCUGCUCUUCAAGAUUUGGCUGUUCGUCCAGGAUUACGAGACCCACAACUGAAUUCGGCUGAGUGUAUCACAGAGGGACAUCAACCAAGUCUUUUUCCUUCUACAGAACACAGUUGGCGAAUAAUAUCAAUUUUAGGCCUCUCCUUUCUCUUUUCAACACUGUUUGGGCCAUUGUUAGCCUUUUAUGUAAACCAAUUGAAAACUGUGUCCUUUCUGGUAAAUUAGUGAAGAGUAUUUUGCAUUGUAUCAAAAUAGCAGCCAGUCUGGUUGACAAACUCAUAUUUUCCUCUUUCCCUAUGUGCUGGAAUGCCUUCAUUUUCAAAGGAAUAGUUAUCACUUAACCACAAAUUUGACAUGCUGUAUAACAGUUCAAGCUAAUGCCGCUAUAAUUAUAUAACAUCCUAUUACUCAUAGACCAAAUUAUUAGAAGAAGUACAGCAUUGUUUAUAAAACUGCAGAGAUGAAUGACAUAGAUCUCUUUCCAACAUUGGAGUCAUCAAUGGAAGUAACGAGAGAAGAAGCGAUAAUAUUUAAAGUUAAUAAAAAGAAAAAUGGUCAGGAACACGAGCGAAAUGGUUGUAUUGUUUUGUUACUAUUUGUUGUGCAAAUUGAGAUUGAGUCUAGCUUAAGAUCUAGCAAAGAGUAAUUUUUUUCGUUAUGGAAGUUUGUCAUAUGAGACAUUUUCAAAGAUGUCACUGUAUUUUAGGCAAACUCUUCUUGUGCAUUGUAGUAGUAGAGUAGUAGUAGAAACUUUAUUAGAGUGUCGAAAAGCCGUCUAGCCAGGGAACAAAUCCCCUACUAAUUUGGGGACACCAAUUGUUCUCUACCUCUUGUACUGAUAGGUGACUUCGUUAAGCUAGACUGGGUAACUUACCUAAGCUAAAGUGAUAGGAAUUAUUUUUGCUUAUGUGAUCAGUUCAGGUCCAUUUAUUCAUGUAUGACCCUGAUUCUAUAAGAAAUCGCGUAAAGCAACGUUUGGAUAUACUACCACUCAAUAAACUUGUAAAACUUCAAAACCAACUGAAGAUUCAUCCUCAAGUCAACUCAAAAAAGAAUCAGCUUUCAUUUACUCGAAAUAAAUCUAAGUAUUAGUAACGAUAGCUGACCUGUGGCUCUAGUUGUCUCAACACCGUUAUCAACUUGUAUACACUGGAAGCUAAAAAUAUCGUUUGAUUUAGAAGUCAAAUCAUGUGGAAACAUUCAGCCUGUUUAUCGGUAAGGUAAAUUUCUCAUGAUAUCAGACUUCUCCAUUAGCCUUGAGUUCAAAUAUCGAUUAAAUAGCCACAGAAGAUCAGGUAUCUUAAUUAUUCAAACCGUCAAAGAAUUAAAUAUUAUAGGUAUGUGGGUUUAUAGUCUACAACUUCCCUUUUCUUUCGGGGAAAUACUGCGUGACAUAUUAUUCACACUUAAAUUAAGUGAUCUACUUACGGUCGUUCGACUCCCGUCGUCACAGGGUUAAAUGAUAAUUCUAGAUAUCUCAUUUUGGUGUCAUUGCACUUGAUCGCUUGGUUUGGUGAAAAAGAUCAAGUCUUCUUCAUAGGGAAGGAAAUAUUUGAACUGGCCAAGAGAUUCAAAGCUAUAAGAAUCUCUACUGUUUCUCAAAGAUGGCAUUCUUGCGAUUCAAUAAUAAAUUACUCUUCUUCAUAGUUCAAGUUAUUAUAAUACACUUACUUCCAAAACACAUGUCUCGAGCAGCAGUUACCAAUAACUGUACAAGUGCUGUCUAUCCAACAGAUGCCUGUAACAAAAUCACCUACGAACAGGUCUACAACAUCUUGGCAAAGUCAGAAAACAGUUUCAACAUUGAGUCAGCUCUUUAUCCAGCCAAGAGACCCUCUUCAGCCAAGAGACCCUCUUCAGUUCGUGUGUUUGUAAAUGUCUAUGGUCCCAACAAAACGGAAAAUUCAACUCCUGCUGCUAAAUACACGUGGAGUAUUUCUUGCCUGUAUGCUGCUGUCCCUGCCAAAGUCCUUCAAUUUUGGUCUUUAUGGUCAAUCAUGGUGACCACACGAACUCAGGAGCUUAACAUAACAAUUUCACUUUCCUGCUGUGAUGUGACGAAAGGGAAACUAAAACAGUACAUCGAGGAUGCUCUAGCUGCUGUUCAAGAUUUGGCUGUCCUUCCAGGAUUACGAGACCCACAACUGAAUUCAGCUGAGUGUAUCAUAGAGGGACAUCAACCAAAUAUUUCUUCUACUACAGAACACAGUUGGCGAUUAAUGUCAAUUUUAGUCCUCUCCUUUUUCUUUUCAACACUGUUUGGGCCAUUGUUAGCCUUUUAUGUAACGCAAAUACGGGACGAACUGUCACUGAUUAAGAAAAAUACUAUAGAUUUCCUGUGUGGGUUUUUGUUGCUAAUAUUCGGUGGUUUACUUAUAGCAAUGCUUUGCCGUGAAAGGGAAGUUGUUCAUCCUUUUAUUGAGGCAAUACAACUGGUUACGAUAGUAGUUGGGAUUUUAGUCUUUUCAGUAGCGUAUUGUAAAUGUAAGGGGGAAACGAACAACCAGUCUGUAAAGAAGAAGUCAUGUGUUUUCAUCAUUUGUGCAAAUUUAGCAGCUUACCAUUUUUGCUGGCUCUUGGUGGGUAUAAUGCUGAAUCCUAUCUGGGGUCUUGUUGUUCUGCUCUUAGUUUGCCUUGUUAUUGGUGUUUCCACUUUUGCAUUUCAUACUUUCCUGUCUUCAACUACUUCUGACAAAUGUCAGCCAUUCUCCUCGUGUUUUGCUGGGUUCCUGGCUGUCUGCUGUCUUAUUGUGGUGGUGAUUUUUGCUGGGCAGUCCUACAGUGGGAGAGAAACUGCUGAUGAAUCUUUGAAAGAAGCAGUGAUGUAUUUAAUCUCCAUAUUCUUUUCAUGGCUUUAUUGGAAGAAGUGGGUUAAAAAAAGUGACGAAUGUGGUGACAGUGCAAGUAGGUCAGAUCAGGCUAUUCUUUCACAAAACGGUCAGGCUUCAGAACAUCAGGUGUAAAUGGAAUACUUAUGAGCUAAAAUUGAUGAACUUUAUCCAACACUUUAAUUCAGCCUCUUAAUCUGGAAAAAAAAUAAUUGUUGGAGAAACUAAAGAAUGUCUGCCAACAACAGAAAUGCCCUAGAACAUCACUUUUCCAGUGACAAGAUGAAAAAUUACAUUUUUUCAACAUAUUUUUUUUUUUUCUAUGCAUGGUGCUUCAUUUAUUUCACUGCAAAACUGAAUACUAUGGUAUAUGUAACCGAAGGAAAAUGUUACCUUGACUCCAAACCUGUGAGUAAUAAUUGUCCCUUCAGUAACUGGUCACUUUCUGGUAACUCAGUAGAGAGUAUUUUUGUAAGUGCUGGUUAAUGUAUUGAUUUUGUAAGGAGAAGUUUUUACUAAAUUGCAAAUUUGAUAUGCUGUAUAAAAGUUCAAGCUAAUGCUUUCAUGAAAUCAGAUUUUAUUGAAGGAAGCACAACAUUGUCUAUCAAUAUUAUAUAAUUUCAAUAACUAUCUUGUACUACAACAGGUUUGGACUUGUUUACAUCUACACUGUUUAACUAUAGUUUAGGAUGCAUUAUAAUGUAAAUUCAUUAUCUGGAAAAAUCUUUGAAACUGUAUAAAAAAAAAACUGGAAUGUAGACUAACACUAAAUUGUACAUGUAAACAGUGCUUUUAUUCAGAUUUGAAGCUACAAAAGGGGGCUGUCCUACUGCCUUAGGAAGCUAAAAUUGUACUGGUUUGAAAGUGGAAAAAGUUCUUAAUAUAUGAUGGUCUGUAUUGCAAUACAAACUCUGUCAAUGAUUGUUUCAGAUAUUUUGCUACACAAGAGCUCUGACAGGCACCAAGUCUUUUUUGAAGCACUGCUAAAGAAAAAGACCUUAGGUUGUACCAGCUUUACAUGUAAGUGCCCUACCUUGUAUACAAUGUAUUAAUUAUUCUAGAAGCAGUGUGAUAACAACAAAAUAAAUUUCAUAAAUACA